UAGUAUUGAAUUUCCUCUGUGCUUCUCUGUCGAAAAUCAAAAGUGUAUUGCCCACAAGGAUGUAGUGAAAGAAAAGUGUCCAAUUUGUUAUUAAACGCAUCAAAUUCUUUAUUUUAAAUUCAUUUAAUUGUUACACUAAUUGUGUAUCAACGGAUAGUUAUAUAAUUUAAGAGAAAUAAAGAUAUUUUUACUCAUUUUUUAGAAUAUUGAAAAUAUACACCCUAAUUUCUAUAUAUGUAGAUAUAUACAUAUUAUAUAUAUAUGUAUACUAAAAGUGUAAUUUUCUCAUUGUUGUGUGACUUGUUCGAUCCUUAAAAAAGGAAAAUUACAUGAAAAUUUAUUCAUUUUACAUAAUAAAAUAAAAUUACGAGUUAAAAUUUAACGGGAAAUCUUCCAAAUAAAGUGUUGAGUUAAUAAAAAUAUUUGAGAAAAAAAGAUUUCUGGAUCUCGCUGUGGUAGACAUGAUGACGCAGAUAAUCUAGAGACAAACUUACAAAUGGAAAUGAAUGGUACCAGUGUCGGAAAUAAAGGACUGAGAAAUGGAAGAGAGCACUGGAAUAAAAUUCCGGAACCGAAUAAUGGAAUCUGCAGUGAGGCACCAUUGAGUCCAACUGCAUCGCGAAAGGAGAAAUGUUCACCCAGUCACUCUCGGCGGAGCCAUUCGUCGUCUAAGGGCGGUUCCUCCAGUCGCACGAAAGUACCACAGAGCUUUGGCUACAUUAAGAGAACCAACGGUACAGUUAUGGCGAAUAACAUAGGACAGGAGGGGCACCAACAAAUACUUAUGGGGCAGCAGAGUGGCAAUCGGACGGCUCAUGUCUCAGCUGUGCCACGAACUGGCAAAAUAAAAGUUUCCGGAGGAACACAAACAUGCUCUACUGACUUGCAAUCAAAAACUCAUCAAAAUUCUCAGCACCGCAGCUUUUCUCUUACUGGUCCAGGAGCAGCUCAACUGAGUCAAUCAAUUCGGGAACGACUUUCAACUGGAUCCCAUAGUUUGCCAAAGCCAGGAACGGAUCUUCAUAUUUUCCAUCAUCGUAUGUCUAGUCGUGCAUCUGCGAAGUUAAAUGACGGUAGUCUCUCAGAUACUCAGACUUAUGCAGAAGUAAAGCCAGACUAUGGUAGCUAUGCAAUGUGGUUGAAACAUAGUAAUACGGCAGUAAGUCGUCUCUCUGAAGGAGAUUCUCUUGAAAGUUUGCAAAUUUCACAAGCCACCGGAUUGAGAAAUCAUAAACUUCAGCUGCAAAGGGAUUCAUUCACCAAUAGUCCUAGAUUGAACCGUAGCAAUAGUAUAAGGUCAACCAAAUCGGAAAAGAUGUACCCGUCUCUCUUGAGCCGUGGAGUCGAUAUGGAAAUUGAGCCCUAUUAUUGCUUACCAGUUGGGACACAAAUGCAGCUAGCAUCUGGGAGUGUUCCAUGGAGUCAGCCAACUUCACCCACGCCGCCAAAUCGCAGUUUCACGGGUCCAUUAUCACCCACACACAAUAUUGGGCAACGAUUGCCCUAUCAAAAGAAAAAUGAUGAAGGUAACGUACUAUGAUUUAAAUUUAUUAGA